AUCGGAGUAGUUUGCGGUUGCGGCAGCGAGAAAAAAUUUCGAUUUCAUUCAACUUUGUAUUCGCCUCCGACUCUCCAUCGCAUUUUUCUUGUUUAAAAGUUCAAUUUGUUUCAAAAAGUUACCUACCGCAUCAUUGAAAGUUUUAGUAACAUUUAUAUAUUCUUUAUUGGUGAACAGUUUAUCGAUUUUAAGAAGACAAUCAUUUGCAACCGAUUUGAAAAGUUUUGAAAAUGGCUCAUAGAAACUGGGAUUUAGCUUGUAAAGUAUACAUCGGAAAUUUGGGAGAUAGUGCUUCCAAACAUGAAAUCGAAUCCACAUUCAAUAAAUAUGGUCCUCUGAAGAAUGUUUGGAUCGCCAGAAACCCUCCCGGAUUUGCAUUUGUCGAAUACGAAGAUCCACGUGAUGCUGAAGAUGCGGUUCGUGGGCUUGACGGAACGCGCUUAUGCGGGAAUCGUAUUAGAGUGGAAAUGUCUUCAGGUCGUUCCAGACAACAAUCUCGUGGUGGUCGAGGUGGCGGUGGUGGAGGCGGUAGAGACUAUCGUCGUUAUGGAGGAAAUGAUAACUAUUCAUCGAGGAGUCGUGGAAGUUACAGGAAAUCUGGAGAUGAAUUGAGUCACCUUUUCUCCUUACCUCCAUUAACAUACUCUACCAGUAUUUGUACUGCGUUUUAUUUCGUAUAAACACCAGACACACCUUUAUCGUGGUUCAACCAGACGCUUAAAUAUUCUUCGUUCAGAAUCGUUGCGCCGAAGAGUUGCUUCUGUGAUGACGCGACUAACGAAAAUAUCACACCGCCUGAUUUCUUUGAAACGAAAUUUUGGCGUUUUUUCUUGUUCGUUUUAUUCGUGUGAUCGCAGAAGUGCGUGCGUUAAGCUUAAACUAAAUCAAAACAUCUGAGAAACGAUAGUGAAGCCGUAUAGCCCGCAUUACAUGAAAAAUCAGUCUUCAUACCAUUUCUUCUUUUCCACGACGAAUUGAUUACCUGUGUGGGGCACUUUAUCUGGCAUUAUCAGCAAAUUCUUGACAACAAUAAAUAACUUUUGUUCGAUACAAUUACUGCCUACGGGUUUACCACCAUUCGCCUUAAAUCUCUACUCUACACUGCACAGCUCAGAUUUUUUUCAACCUUACAGAAUCUUCUGUGUUAAUACCUUCUUAGUAAUAAAAACGCUGUUGAAUUUUAAUAUUUAUUUGCGAUCACUGAUUUACAUCUCGUUCACGUUCUCCAAAACGUCAUGCAUCUCGUUCAAGAAGCGCCUCUCCAAGACAUUACCGUCAAGAUUCGCGAGAAAGACGAUAAUUUUUCCGAGUUCCGUUGUCGUGGAUUUCCAUGCAGUUUUAAUGUGAGUCAUUUGGCUUCUUCUCCAAUGACAAGUUCCAUGAAUUGUUGGCUAAUUUAUUUAUUCUUUUUUUUUCGCCAUAAAGAAUUCAUCGAUCAUUUUUACUAAUGAUUUUAAUGUAUUUUUAUUUAAUAUAUUUAUUUUACAAUUGUAAUAUUAUUUUAGGAUUUCGAUUCAUUGCUGCUAAUGUCAUUGUGUACUUGACGUGAAAACCAUGGCAUCGCAUUUUUCGGCUGGUACUCAUAUAAUUUUUUUCACUUUCGCGUGCUUAAAAUACUUCUAUCAAAAUCAAUUUUAGCGCUUUUUUGUAUUUAUUUUAUGUAUGAUACGGUACAUGACUAAGAGUACCCUUGAAUGUUUCUUUGCCUUUUUGUUUACUUCUUUUUCAAAUUUUUUUCUUUUAUGUACGAAACUGUGUUUAUUCCUGUAGUUCAGUUGUUUUUAAUUCAACGAAAAAAUAAAUACGCUGUUCGUUUCAUUUUUUAA